GGACGCUUUCUCUGUGUGUGGCACUGCUGGCAGGAUGCGCGAGGUUCGGUAGUAAUUCACCGCUCGCACUUGGGUUUAGAGAGACACAUCUGGGGACAGGGGAGAAAGAGAUCGAGUGCCGGAAGGGCGGACGGGGUUUUAGUGACUGCCCGCCACCAGCUUUUUUUGCGCCGUAUAACCCAUGGAGAGAAAAAAAUGUGAUAGUCGACGAAUAGAUUUGUGUGAGUCGCUUGGUGAAAAACAUCUGUGUUUCUAAGGCACGAUUCGGGGCGUGUACAGAGAUGUUUCUCCCUCUCCUAAAUGGUUAUCAUUUCACCAGCAAAAUGUGCUACUCUUAAUUCUGAAAAAUAAGAACUGCAUUAGGCCAACUAAAUACAACGGAUUAAAUAAUUCUUGAGUUUACUCAAAAUGAUAUUGAGCUGAGUAUGGAUGCAAAUGUUGGCUUAGAAUAUUGGUUAUUGAGGACAGCUCCAACUAAAGUAGCAGGAUUAUAAAAUGGAAACAAAUGGAAAAAUUAGACAAAAUAGUCUCCCCCGAAGACCAAGCAUGCUGUGAAGAUGUUUUGCAAAACAACUUACCUUGAAGAUACUGUGACUUCACACUUACUACCUUCUACUGACAUAUUUAGCCUGCUCAGAAAUGAUUUUUGCAUUUUCUAGAAAAAAUGUGUCCCAAAAAUUGAGUUUAUUGUUGCUAGUUUUUGGUUUUAUCUGGGGCAUAAUGUUACUGCGCUACACCUUUCAGCAUCCAAGACAACAGAGCAGUGCUGAAUUGCGUGAACAAAUUCUUGACUUAAGUAAAAAAUACGUUAGAGCCCUAGCAGAAGAAAACAAGAAUGUAAUAAAUGGUGAUAAUGGAGUUGCAAUGGCGGGAUAUGCUGAUCUGAAAAGAACAAUUGCAGUUCUUCUAGAUGACAUCUUGCAGCGCUUGGUCAAACUGGAAAACAAGGUUGAUUAUAUGGUUGUAAAUGGUUCAGCAACAAAUUCUACAAAUGGGAACUUAAUGCCAUCAACUACAAGCAAACGAGUAAAUGCAGCACACAAUAUAAGAUAA